AGUGGGCUCGAAGCAAGGCAUGGCGUGGUCGGAGACGGACGCCGCGCUGUUCGCAGCGGUGCUGGGGCGGGACGCGGCGCACCACCUGGCCACCACGCCACCGCACCUGGACGGGCCCGCGGCGUCGGCGCCCGCCGAGCUCCAGGCGCGCCUGCAGGACCUCGUCGAGCGGGGCGGUGUGUGGACGUACGGCAUCUUCUGGCAGGAGUCCCGCGGCGCCGGCGCCGGCCGCGCCGUCCUCGGCUGGGGCGACGGGCACUGCCGCGACGGCGGCGCCCCGCUCGACGCCGCCGCCGGGGAGGCCGGCGCGGCGGCGGAGAGGAGCGUGGCGCGGAAGCGCGCGCUGCUGCGGCUCCACGCGCUCUACGGCGGCGGGGACGACGACGAGGGCGCCGACUACGUGCUCCGCCUCGACCGGGUCAUCGGCGCCGAGAUGUACUUCCUGGCGUCCAUGUACUUCUUGUUCCCGGAGGGCGCGGGCGGGCCGGGGCACGCGCUGGCCUCCGGCCGCCACGCCUGGGUCGCCGUGGACCCGCGCCCGCGCGGAACCGGCGCCGCGCCCGGGUGGUACGUCCGCGCGUCCCUCGCCCAGACCGCGGGGCUCCGCACCGUCGUCUUCCUCCCGUGCAAGGGCGGCGUCCUCGAGCUCGGCUCCGACGUGGCCGUCCGCGAGACUCCCGAGGCCCUGCGCGUCAUCCAGUCCGCCCUCGCUGUCGCGCCGCCCGCGGCUCGUGAGGAAUGCAUGAGAAUCUUCGGCAAGGACCUCUCUCCCAGCGGCCGAGCGCCGCGGCCGCAGCCCAUGGGGCUCGUCGUCACCGGCGACAAUUGGGCUCCGCAGCUCAGAGGCCACGCUGCGGCGUCCGCCCCAGCCGCCAACAAGGAAGCGGUGAAACCCAAACCUCAGGAGCCGCCCAGGAGCAUCGACUUCACCAAGCUGGGCAAGGCGGGGCAGGCCGGCGGCGAGGAGCGGAGGCCGCGGAAGCGCGGGCGGAAGCCGGCGAACGGGCGGGAGGAGCCGCUGAACCAGCGCUUCUACGCCCUGCGCGCGGUGGUCCCCAAGAUCUCCAAGAUGGACGAGGAGCUGCGACGAGCCGGGCCGCGGAGGGAGGCAGCGCGCUUCAUCUUCUUCCUCGUGUUUUUGUUUGCUUCCACCGCCUCCCUGCUCGCACAGUCGCGCUCGUUCCGGUGCUGCUUCGUCGCCGCCAAGCCCACGUGCCGCGCUGACGCCAGCCUCAUCGCCGCCUGCUCGCGGCGGCACUGCUGGACGACCCCGCCAACGCCUACUCCACACUGCGAGCGUCCCGCUCCACUCCUUCCAGCGCCUCUAUGCCGUCCGCCCCCCAUCCCCGGCACGCGCCGCGGCCUUCAGCAGCGGCAGCUCCCGAGCUACAUCAAGAUGCUCACGGGCGAGCCGCAGAUGCCGGCGCUCUAG